AUGAAGCCCGGAGCGGGGCUGCAGGAGGAGUAUCGCCGGUGCCUGGAGAGGGACUUCCGCCGGGGCCACGUCGGGGCCUGCAGCGAUGCCUCCCUGAAGGAGCUGCUGUGGCAUCACCUGCUGGAGGACCCGGAGCUUCACUGCAGCCUGGAUGGGGAGGACACCUUGGCCACGCUGGCCACUGCCCUGCGGGGACACUUGCACCUGAAAGGGGCCCUCCAGGAUCUGGGCAGGGCCUUUGAGGUGCUGGAGCUGGCCGCAGUCAAUCUGUAUUUCUUCCCGUGGCGCAAAGAGUUUGCCACUAUUAAGACCUUCUCGGGGGUCUACGUCCACGUCCUUCAGGGGGUCCUGCCAGAAGCCGACCUUGCUCGGAGCUUCCGACGACUGGGUUACGUGCAGCAAGACCGUCUGCACCUGGUGAAUUCCCGACUGCCGCCGGGUGCCAACUUGCUCUGUGCAGCCUGCUGCUUCUUUGCAGCCAGAGUGGAGUGCGAGAUCCUGGCAAAAAUUGUGGAAGAACUGGAGCCGCAGGUGGUGCCGCCUGAUGAGCUGCUGAAGGUUCGAAAGGAGGCCAAGGGCAGCCUGGAGCGGUGUGUGGCCAAGCUGCAGAGCCUGACACGGUGGCCACGGAGCCGCGAGGCUCGCUCGGACCUGGCUGCCGGGCUUGAUCUCUACCGCGAGAGCACCGAAGGGCACAGCUUCUACAGGGAGCCUGCUGGAAGCCGGCUCUGGGGCCAGGAAGCCGCCUCUCUCAGUGAGUGCGGCAGCCCCAGGCUCCUGAGGCGGAGCCCACAGCCGCCAGCAGAGUGCAGGAGCGAGCCCCCCUGGAGCCGGGAGUCUUCCUGUGGCAAUGGGCUCCUGGGCUCCGAGGAGCCUGACCUGACCACCUCCUUCUCCUUCAUCUCCUUGAGGCGGGAGCUCAGCAGGACUUCCGAGAUGGACUUCCCUGCUCAGCUGGGGAGUUCGUUCUUAUUCUCUGGCCUGGGGGGCUAUGAGAGUUCCGAGCCCUCUUCGCAGGGGACAAGCUGCCCAGCCUCUCCUCCGUCCAGGCAACCCAGGAGCCUCCACCUCAGCCCAGCCAGCCUGCACAGCAGCACUCAGGGACUCAGCCCGGAGCCGGCUCACUAUCAGAUGCACUCCUGCCUGCUCCCGGGGGCCCUGCCCUGCUCCUGCUGCAACACUUGCCGGUUGCUGCACGUCAGCAGCUGCGACGGGGUUCAACUCUGCCGGAACCACCACCACCUCGUGGAAGAGCUGCAGAGCGAGAAGCAGCAGCGCCUGUGGCUGCAACGAACAGAGGUGGACAGGCUGCUGCAGGAGGGAGGAGGGCCCUGGCAGUAG